ACAAUUACACGGAAUCGUGAAUACUCGUCAUCCAACAGGCAUUUACUAAGUACCCGGUAUAUGCCAGGCACCAUUCUGGGGUCUGCUACCUAAGCCUGAUCGUCAGGCAGCGAUCAGCUUUCCACCCCCACCACCCCACCAUGCCUAACACACUGCCCUGUGCACACUAGACGUUCCGAACAAGUCAAGCAACCGACUGUGUAAAGGCCUCUUGGGACUCUUGCCUGGGUGCUGGCGCUGUCGACUUGCAGAGACUCUGUAAGGAAACGGGUGGCCAGUAGCAGGUGCUGUGGAGUCACCUGGGUAGGCUGUGUCCGACACAGACCCCCUUCCAGGCUCCACGAAUGGCGGCGGCGGCUGCUGCUGCUGCUGCUGGACUCGCGGUUUCCACCGGACUGGAGACAGCAACGCUGCAGAAGCUGGCGCUUCGGCGGAAGAAGGUGCUGGGGACCGAGGAGAUGGAGCUGUACGAGCUAGCGCAGGCUGCUGGCGCCGCCAUCGACCCCGAUGUGUUCAAGAUCCUGGUGGACUUGCUGAAUCUGAAUGUGGCUCCCCUCGCCGUCUUCCAGAUGCUGAAGUCCAUGUGUGCUGGGCAGCGGCUGGCAAGCGAUCCCCAGGACUCGGUGUCCAUAUCUCUGUCUACAUCCACAUCAGAGACCCGAGGAAGAAACCGAAGUGGCCCCAUUCUUGGCAAUGUGACUAUACCGGCAGAACGUGGAAGCCGUGAAAGACCCAUCCAGAGGAUGCCACGCCAGCCCAGUGCUACUAGGCUGCCCAAGGUGGGAGGCUCUGGAAAAAGUAACUCCUGAAGCAGCCCAUAGGCUAGAACAGAGACUGCACUUGGCACACAGUCUUCAAGGCAGAUGCUGUCCACCUCUUCACAUCCUUAAACCCUUCUGAGGAGCUGAACAUCUGUAGCCUUUUGAUACUAUUAAAAGAUUUAGAUUUUAAAUGCGUUCUAUGUGGAGUCCUGGUUUUUCUAUAGCCAAACUAACUGGGACACAACAGUGAUUUUUGUCUUUUUGGAUCUUAUUUGGAGUCUAAGAAAAUAUGUAUAUAGAUGAGUCUUCCUAUAAGCAAGCCAACAUUCUUCCCAUAAUAUAAAAAGUUCCCUACA